AGGAAGACGGAAGCGAUGGCGGCGGUGGCUGAGGCCGAGUGGGAGCCUGCGGGGCUGCUGUCGGCCCCGGGGAGCGGUCUCGACUGGGAGGCGGUGCUGGGCGAGGAGCUGAGUGAGCUACUGGGUCCCGCGGAGCCGCGGCGGGCCCUGAGGGACGAGCCCGACGAAAAUGAUCUCUAUAACUUUCAUUUUGAUUUGGAUUUGAUGUCUUGGGACUCAGACCUUUGGAAUAUUACAGGCCAUGCUUUUACAGAUGCAAGCGUGAAGACAGAACCCUUAUCACCAGCCGCUUCAAAUUGUUCGGUCCCUUCUCCAUCAUCUUUGGACUCUCCAGUGCAGAAUGUGCCUGAUGAUGUGGACUUCAGCAGUAGCUCCCAGAUGUCUCCAGUCUCUCUCUACAGCAAGAGUUGCAGAAGCCCUGCAUCACCUGAAGAAGAUGGAGGGAAGAAGCCUGUUAUCAGCAUCACUUCUCGGUCUGCAAAUAACUCUGCAAGGACCCUCAAGAGGUGUAGUCAGACAGUGUCCAGGCCUUUGAUACAACCCAAACCCCUUUUGCCUGCUGUACCUGAAGCUCAGGCUAAUGUUGGCAUCCCAGCUAAAACCAUAAUUAUUCAGACUCUUCCCACACUUGUGCCACUGCCAAAACAUCAGCCAGUUGUUAAUGUCCAGCCAGCACCUCCUAAAGGUCAAUCUGUGGUGCUCCCCCAGCCCACUGUCGUACAGCUCCAAGCCUCUGGGGUGCUUCCUGCCUCCCAGCCAGUCAUUGCUGUCACUGGAGGGACCACACCACUUCACAAACAUACUGUGAAUGCAUUGCCUUCAGCUGCUGGAAAUGGCUCAACAGCUGGCAAAAUAACAGUGACAAAGCCCUUGCUUCAAAGCACCACACCAGCAAUGGGGCUGGAUGUCAAUGUCUUGAGACGGCAGCAGCGCAUGAUCAAAAACCGUGAGGCAGCCUUUCAGUCACGGAAAAAAAAGAAAGAAUACAUGUUGGGGCUGGAGGCGAGGCUGGAGGCAGCCUUGUUGGAGAACGAGAAACUCAAGAAAGAAAACAGUACAUUGAAGAGGCAGCUGGAUGAAAUAGUAUUGGAGAAUGAGAAGCUCAAAGUUUCAUCUCCAAAGAGAAGGACCCUGUGUGUGAUGGUUAUACUGGCUUUCAUAAUGUUGAAUUAUGGUCCAUUGAGUGUAUUUGAAAAGGAUCCCAAUGGAGUUGAUUCCACUGCGAGUUCCAACCACAGGACCAGAAAUCUUCUGGAGUUCUCAGCUAGGCAGGAGUCCAGCACAGCUCAGAAAAUACCUGGGGACAUAAUUCCCGAGAAGAGUAACAGGUAUGAUAGUUCUGUAUCUGAUAACAAAGCACUGAUGAUAGUCUCAGAAGAACCACUGUUAUAUAUUUCACCACCACCACCGCCCUGUCAGCCCCUGAUUAACCGGACAGAGUCACUGAGGCUGAAUCAUGAACUUCGAGGAUGGGUUCAUAGACAUGAAGUGGAACGAACAAGAUCUAGAAGGCUGUCAAAUAACCAACAGCAGAAAGCACGGGUUAUGCAGAGCUCCCUCAGCAAGAAGGCAGAUUCUCAGCUAAUGGCUGUGCCUUACACAGACACCAGCCUCAGCAGGAACUCAGGGAAUGAGCUGCAAGUGUAUUAUGCCUCUCCAAGGAGCUAUCAAGAUUUUUUUGAAGCUAUUCGCAGAAGGGAGGAUACAUUCUAUGUGGUGUCAUUUCGCAGAGACCACCUGUUAUUGCCAGCCACAACACAUAACAAGACCAGAAGACCAAAGAUGUCUAUAGUGUUGCCAGCUGUAAACAUCAAUGAACAUUGCUCCUCCACCCUAUUCUGCCUCCUCCGUAGGGACUGAGCAUGUCCUGAAUAAGCAUCUGGAAGCUAGCUGACAACAAAGCUUUCCUCCCAGCUGUUCUUUGAAGCCCACCUUAAUUUUUUGUCCACCUGCAGAGAGCUGGCUGCUAGAAGAGAAUGGGUCUCCCUGGGAGGAUUUGGCAAAACUUUCAAUGAAAGGACUUGUCCCCUGCUGUCUUUUCUUAUGCCUUAGCCAGGUCUCUGUGGAAGAACAGAAACCUUUUCCACUGCCACCUACUUGCCCUUCCUUUUUGUUGCCACAAACCUGGCAGAGGAGAUGAAGGGAAUGAAAGUGAAUGUCCUUUUCUUUGAAACUCUUUUGGAACUUCAUCAUUUGCUUUCUUCUUUGGGAUUUUUGUCUGUGUGCUAAAGUUUACCCAUGACACUGUUUCCAAACAUGAAACAGCUUACAGUUCAGUCGAGAACCCUUUGAACUGCUUGGUUAGUCUUUUUCCCAGCAGAACUGUCUGACUGCACUUUGAUUAUUUGAGUGCCUUCUGAGCUUAGCUACAGACUCUGCCUAUAGUUGGCUUGAGCUGUUCCCACCACCACUGCAGGGACAAAGGACAGGUAUGGACAAAGAUGACGAAGCAAAAAGAGUUGUCAAUCACUGUCCUACAUGACUCUGCCUGGAUGUUUAUGACAUGAUUCUGCAUGACUGGUCUGGCAGUUUUCACCAGUGUACAAAGUAGAAUCAAAUUCAUACUUUGAAGAGUUUUUCUUGGAGGGAAGAGUGGGGGUAAGUCUAGAUAGUGGCAGUCCGAGUGCUUUGCAGAUAAUGGCAAAUCUCAAUGGAAAGGUUUGUGGUAGACUGGUGUGGGUAUGUGAGCAUGUAUGCAUUCAGUAAGAUGAAAGUUUGAGAACAAUUCUGUACAAACCAAUAGUACAUUACUAAUGUUCAAGGCAAAAGCUUGAUAAAAACUAUUGAGUUGCUGUAUGUUGGAAAGGAGUAAAAAUGUCCAUUACCUUGCAGCUUUCUCCUGUGUGCUGCUUCUGGUAAGACUGAAUUGGCUUUGAAUCAUACUAAUGUGAGCAUGAGGAUAAGCCAGCAAAAACCUCAUUGAGGACUUAUGCACAGGUGCACAGAAAUAGGUUU